GCUCUAAUAUGGAGGAUAGUGGCAUCGAUAGCGAAGACAGACAGUCACAAUCUAAUAUAUAUGAGGAUGGUGCAGCGGGUUUGUUGAAAACUGCCAGCGGAGCGCCCAAGCAUAUGUCUGAUUUGGAGUUUGAGGUGGCUUUUAGGGGUGCCGGCAAGGUGUAUGCGCCCACAACUAUAGAAAUCGAUGAGGAUGAGUUGACUAAUGGUCAUGAACGCAACGAGCUGCCAAAUACCUGCCGCAUAUUGCAACGCAAGCUAGAACUUAAGGUCGAGCGUGCCAGGCGCAACUAUACGCAGUAUCAGGAGGAGCAGGCUACCAAAUCGCAAUCGGCCACUCUUAUACCCAUUAAUCGACUACCCAUACCCGGCGAGUUGGAGCAGAAGCCGUUGGUCGACUACAAAUCGGAGAGCAGCGAUGAGGCGGAAGAAAUUUCCUUCUUUCCCGCACAAUUGAAGCAUGCCAAACGUCGUCAGCAGAAUCAUGAGCUGACGGACACCUUUAGCAUACAAGAAAUGACCAUUGAUUCGGACCUGGACUCAGAUGACAGUGGUGGCACGCAGAAUCUAGAGCUGCUGUUGCCAUCGAUGAAAUCAACCAUCUUCGAUAGGCUAAAGAGCUGUUUUGGCUGCUGGCGGCGCAGGUAGUGGUACGAACAAAGGCCAGAAAAAAUCAUUAAGUCCAGGCACAAAACACGUUAUUGAGCGGCACCUCCUCGCACAUCCAAGACAAAUUAUUGUAUCUAGUUGCCAGUACAGUGAU